AUGGUCUCGACACCCCCGGCCGACGAACCAAACACGCGCAUUUUCACCGUUAAUGAGUCGCGCAAGAUUGGCGUCCCUGGCGCCGUUUUUCUGAUCACGAACAAGAUGAUCGGGACCGGAAUAUUCUCUACACCUUCUGGCGUCUUUGCGGCGACCGGUUCCGUCGGCAUCAGCCUCAUGUUCUGGGUUAUCGGCGGUAUCCUCUCCCUCUGCGGUCUCAGCGUCUACCUCGAAUUCGGUCUCGCGAUCCCUCGGUCUGGUGGCGAGAAAAACUACCUCGAACGUGUCUAUCGUCGCCCCAAGUACCUAGCCACCUGCGCGUUCGCAUCCUACAUGAUCCUCUUGGGGUUCUCUUCGGCCAAUGCGCUGACUUUUGGCCGCUAUGCUCUCCUGGCCUCGGGGAAAGAAAGCGUCGACAGCUGGUUAGCCCGCGCCAUCGCCAUCCUGUGCGCGACGUUUGGCAUCUUCAUCCACGCCGUUGCGCCGAAAUGGGGCAUGCGUCUCGUCAACGUUCUCGGCAUCUUCAAGCUGGCCAUCCUCCUCUUCAUCAUCUUCUCCGGAUUCGCAGCAUUGGCCGGCCGCCGGCUCGUCCCGGACCCCCGCAACUUUGACGACGCGUUCCGUGUCGAGAAAGGGUAUGGGUACGGCAACAACAGCGGUGCCUAUGGCUACGCCAUCGCGCUGCUCCGCGUCAUGUACAGCUACCAGGGCUGGGAGAACGCCAACCACGUCGUGGGCGAGAUGAGGAACCCGCGUCGGACGUUGGCCAUGGGUGCGCCCCUCGCCGCCUGCAGCGUGAUCGCUCUCUACGUCCUGGCCAAUGUGGCCUAUUUCGCAGCCAUCCCCAAGUCGGACAUGGCCACGUCCGAGGUCCUCGUGGCGGCCAUCUUCUUCCGCAACAUGUUCGGCGGCUACGCCGGCCGCCGCGUCCUGCCCGCUUUCAUCUGCCUAUCUAACCUCGGCAGUGUGCUGGCGGUCAGUUUCACGCACUCCCAUCUCAACCAGGAGCUCGCCAAGGAGGGCCUCCUCCCGCUUAGCCGCUUCUGGGCCUCGAACAGGCCCUUCAAGACCCCGGCAGCCGCGUUACUCCUUCACUGGAUUGUCUCCGUCGUUGUGCUCCUGGUGCCGCCCGACGGGGCCGCCUACAAUUUCAUCGUCGACCUCUGCGCCUACCCGGUGGCGUGGAUCCUCGUCUUCGUCAGCGGCGGCCUCAUCUACCUUCAGUGGAACAAGUCGGAGAACUGGACGUCGCCCUGGCACACCUUUCUGCCCAUCUCCCUGUCGUUUUUGCUCGCCAACGCCUUCCUCGUCGUCGUCCCCUGGAUCCCGCCGCCGGUCACCGUCGACGCGAACGGCGGCUACCCGUACUACGUCUUCCCUCUGGUAGGCGUGGGCUAUAAGCUUCUGCCAUAUAUUGGCGACUACGAGAUUGUGACGGCACACGAGUUGGAUGAAAAGGGGAAUGAGGUGAUUCGACACAGGAAGGUCAAAAGGGGCGAGUCAGACCAGCCUGAGCAGGGUCCGGUCCUCGGGGGAUAA